AUGACAGCCACCUGCGUGUUGAGCCCAGUGCUUGGUUAUGCAGAUUGCGAAACGGUUGGGCAGUUCGGAGCUGUCGGCUAUGCCUUGCUAACCCGGUUUCAUGGAGUUCUCGUAUUUGGCAUUGGCGUCUUGGGUUUCAAGCAGGAAUAUACCUGGGUCCAGGUUGCCAGCUAUUCUGUGCUCAUCCUUCUCUUAGUCCUCGCUGCACACUGGAAGGCUCAAGACAGAAAGAAAGCCAAGGAGGCCGCUGCAGCAUCUUCCGCAGAUGCCACAGUCCUGGGCAGUUCCAGCGAAAGCCAAGAGGAAAGCGAGGAUGAGAGCCAGACUGAAGGUAAUAGCAUCACCGAUUCGCGGAGAUAG